AUGGAUGAAGUUGAUGUGUUGACGCGUUUGCUUCGUAAGCUAAACGCAGCAAAUGUGAGUCCGGAAGAACGUCAGCGACUUCAGGCACAAAUUGAAGAAAUUAUGGGACAGGAGUCCGAUCCAUUUGAAACAAGUGGCGACGUAGAAGAUGAUGAAUAUUUUCCAGAUGAAGAUGACUUCGGUGAAGCAUCAGAUAUAGAACAGGAAAUCGAGUUAGAGGCUGUUCUGGAUGAAAACCAUGAUGAUAUUCACAUCUAUUACGGGUCGAAAGAUGGUAGAAAGUGGAAUUCAAAUCCUCCACCACCUGGAAGGCCUCGUUGUCACAAUGUUACAACUUUUACUCGUAAAGGGCCACUACGGGGAGCGUCACCGAGUCAUAAAGCUCUUUUCAAGCUAUUUCUGUCUCCUGAAAUCGUAAGUAUCAUUGUGCGGGAAACCUACAGAAACGCCGUUGAAGCGUUUCGUCUAUGGAAUGAAAAGCAUCCCAGUAAUAAACAGCGUUCUUGGGUAAUGACUGACGAUGACGAAAUGUAUGCUUUUUUUGGGAUGCUACUUAUUGCUGGUGUAUUCCACUCGAAUUCUCAGCCAGCGAAAGAAUUGUGGGCCAGCUACAAUAUGCCAAUUUAUAAGGCCACUAUGUCAUUGAAUCGGUUCAAGAGCUUAACUACUUUCAUCCGUUUCAAUAACAGUGGUACUCGUGUUGAGAGGUUGAAGCAAAGCAAAACUGCUGCCCUGGACGAUGUAUGGCUCAUGCUGAUGGCCAAUUUAGAGAAAGCAUACACUCCGGAUUGUCAUGUAACCGUCGAUGAACAGUUAUUUCCAUAUCGUGGGCGCACUCGAUUCACCCAAUAUAUUCCGAGUAAGCCGGCAAAAUAUGGUAUGAAAGUGUGGUGGAUUUGUGACUCUGUUUCAAACUACCAUUUGAAAGGUAUAAUUUAUACUGGAAAACCACCAGGUGGCCAGCGAGAAACGAAUCAAGGUGAACAGGUCGUUAUGAAAUUGAUGCAAAAUUAUAUGGACAGCGGUAGGACUGUUUAUGCUGACAAUUUUUUUUCAACAUACAACUUGGCAGAAAUGUUGAUGAAUCGUAGAGUGGCUUUUGUCGGUACCGUAAGAAAAAAUAAGACCUUCAUUCCGCAUGAAUUGCUUAACCCGAAGCGUGAUGUUAAAAGCACUUUAUUUUGUUAUCACAAUAAUAAUAUCGGUCUGUGCUCGUAUAUGGCAAAGCCGAAAAAGCCAGUAAUUAUGUUAUCCACUGCCCAUUACCGUCAAAGCACCGAUCCAUUGAAAGGAUUCAAGCCAGAUCAAAUUUUGGACUACAAUAAAUUUAAAGCGGGGGUAGAUACAAUGGAUCAAAUGUUGACGGGCUAUUCGUGCAAACGCUCGACAAACCGUUGGCCACUGGCAAUGUUUUGUAAUAUGCUGGAUAUUGCCGGUUUGGCCUCAUUCAUCAUCUAUGACGAGCUGAAUACGGCAAAGUAG